GCUUCAACGGUUAAAACGUUCAUGCCGGUUUACGGAGAACACUCGACCAAGUGGUGUAAAGAAAAAACACAAAACAAAAUUAAAAAACUAAAACGGGAUAUUUAUUAAAAUCGUGUUCUAGUCAUCAUACUAAGAAAGAUAGUGACGACAACAACAAUCAAUAACAAACAAAGAGAGAAAAGCAGCAAAAAUUAUUUAAAAAAAUCCAAUUUCUAUAAAUUUCAAGCGAAUUAAUAAAACUAACAAAUUAAUUGCGGAAUCAAUAAACAUAAUUUGUACCUGUCCUGCAACUCUUCUCGGGAACGAUACCAAUGAGUAGUAUUUUAAUGGCCUGUUCUUGCUGUGCCUUGUUCUUGUGAAGUAAUCUUACCUGUGAACUGAAUACUAAAUUAACUUAUCUACCAUCCGCCAGCAGUAGCAGUAUGGCAAUCCCGCAUUUAAUUAAUAGUACUUCUAUGAUUCUAAUGCUAUUUGUAUUUUUACAAAUAUCUACAACAUUAGCACAAAUUAACUUCCCAAAUGAACUGGCUGAUGUGCCAAAUUUUGGACGUUGCAUAACACCGAAUCGUGAAAGGGCACUUUGUAUCAUUUUAGAAGAUUGUAAAUAUCUGUACAACGUGUUGGUGACGGCGCCCUUAAGAGAUGCCGAUCGUUUGUAUUUAAGUAGAAGUCAAUGUGGCUAUCAAAAUGGAAAAGUUUUGAUAUGUUGCCCAGACCGUUACCGUCAGGUGCAACCGCCUACGCCACCACCAACACCUCCAUCGGCGUAUAUUAGCACGCUUUUGCCUCAACCAGGACAAUGUGGAAAUGUUAUAUCCAAUCGCAUCUAUGGUGGCUAUAAAACAAAAAUAGACGAAUUCCCUUGGAUGGCAUUAAUUGAGUAUACAAAGGCCAAUAAUGCCAAAGGACAUCAUUGCGGAGGAUCGCUUAUCAACAAUCGUUACAUUGUAACAGCAUCGCAUUGCGUCAAUGGAAAAGCUAUACCUUCUGACUGGCGCCUAACAGGUGUUCGUUUGGGCGAAUGGGAUCUUAGAACAAAUCCCGAUUGUGAAGUGGAUGUGCGUGGUGAAAGAGAUUGUGCACCUGCCCAUAUUGAUGUACGAGUUGAACGUACUAUACCACAUCCACUGUACAAUCCAAACUCGAAAAAUCAAGCCAACGACAUUGCACUCUUGCGUUUGGAACGCAAUAUUGUUUAUACGGACUUUGUAAGACCCAUUUGCCUGCCCAUUAGUCCAAAUUUGAGAGCAGCUACCUUUGAUGGUAUUGUCAUGGAUGUUGCAGGCUGGGGUAAGACGGAGAACUCAUCUGUUUCGGAUUUGAAGCUAAAGGCAUCUGUUUCCGGCCAUACUUUGUAUGAAUGUAGCUCCGUUUACAUGCGUCAGAAUAUCAACUUGGAAGAGUCGCAAAUAUGCGCUGGUGGUCAAGAAGGAGUCGAUUCAUGUCGUGGUGACUCUGGUGGUCCUUUAAUAAGUUUGGACACCACAAAUAGAGUUCGAGCAUAUUAUUUCUUAGCCGGUGUUGUAUCCUUUGGACCCUCACCUUGCGGUCUAGAAGGAUGGCCGGGCGUUUACACAAGAGUGGGAAGUUUCAUUGAUUGGAUUACUCAAACUAUUCAACCUUAAAGUGGUGUUCAUGGUCGACGCAUUGAUCUUUAACUGUAUGAUUUUCUAUGCAUGUAUUGUAAAUAAUGUGAUUUAUUUAAUAUGAUAAAUUUUGUUUUGAAAACACUUUGUUAAAAAAAAUAAAAUUUGGACAUUCCUUUUAUUCAAGGAAA